UGUGCUAUUAUAUGAAGAAAAACCCAGCAUCCACCUCUCAUUGUGGCUGCCGUUCUGGCGACUUUAAUCCGAGGAGAAAAGAGAGAGCUCUGUUCUUUGAGAGAAGAAGAUGGAUGGAGUAAAUGGACUGGAGAAGAAGGAGAUGAAUUCGAAGAAGCUGAAGGUGCUCUGCCUUCAUGGCUUCCGAACCGGUGGGAGCUUUUUGCGCAAACAAAUCGGCAAAUGGGAUCCUUCCAUCUUCCAAGAUUUCCUCUUGGACUUCCCUGAUGGGAUUUUUCUGGCGGGAGGGAAGUCGGACAUUGAGGACAUAUAUCCGCCUCCAUAUUUUGAGUGGUUCCAGUUCAACAAGGACUUCACAGAGUACACAAAUUUGGAGGAGUGCAUUUUGUACUUAUGCGAUUACAUGACAAAGAACGGUCCUUUUGAUGGAAUGCUUGGCUUUUCUCAGGGUGCAACAUUAUCGGCUCUUUUGAUUAGCUACCAAGCAAAGGGGAAGAUAUUGAAGGACCAUCCACCAAUAAAAUUUCUUGUCUCAAUCUCAGGGUGCAAGUUCAGAGACCCAAAGAUAUGUGACAUUGCCUACAAAGACCCCAUUAAGGUGAAAUCUGUGCAUUUCAUUGGAGACAAGGACUGGCUGAGACAGCCCUCCGAGGAGCUGACUGCUGCCUUUGAUAGCCCAUUGAUUCUAAGGCACCCUCAAGGUCACACAGUCCCCAGGCUAGAUGAGAUAAACGUGAAGAAUCUUUCUGAAUGGACCAGAAGUAUACUCAAAAGUAGUAUCACAUAUGAUGCUCCUGGUGUGGAGACCUGGAAAACUGAGGCAAACAAUGCCAAUAUAAAGCAAGCAGUUGUUGCUGAUCCAAAGAGUAUGGAAGCUACAGAUUCAGUACUGAAGGCUACAUUUACAGAAGGCUAGGUUUGGACAGCAUCAAUGUAAGCUGGGUUAGUGAUAAUUAGCAAGAAGCUGCCCAUGAAAGGGAUGUCACCUCCGAGGUAAUUGAAAUAAUAAGGACUUGGAGGGCCUCCAGCAUUCUGAUCAGGUGAAGGAACUCGGAGUCGUGAAAGAAAGGCUUUUCUCCCUUCUUAACAACUGCAUGAACUCUGCUACUUAAUCAUGGGUGUACUACUAUAACUUUGCAUAUUGAUGUUGCCGAAUUUUUAACGCUAUUGAGGAAGUUAUUUAAGAAACAUUGUCUGCUAAUCCCUUUAA